AUGGUAAGUCCUGAAGAGAAUAUGGGGGAACAGAGCGCGGUAAUCGUCAUAACACUUGGCCACUCCUUUCUUAUUUCCACGGAUUUUCAAAAACCCCUCAAAAAGUAGUUGUUAUAGGCGGGGGGAGGCCUUUUCUACUUUUUGAUUAGAUUUGGACCUUAGAAAGUAGCUCAGUCCUCGGAAAAUGUCGUAGAAUACCUUUAAAAGUGGGGGAAGGGAAGUACAGGUCCUAGGGAGGAAAUCACUAAUCAAUUGCCUCAGGGCAUGAUAAUGAAAAUGGGACUCAAGAAAUUAAUAAAAAUCUUGAUAAGAGGGAGUAUUUUUGGGUGGAAAUGACUAGUUAUUGUCGCUAAAAGGUGAUGCUGAUAUUAAUUAUGAGCUCGACUUGUUACAUAGUACUUGUUUUACACUCAAUCUUUGAAUUUUUUACUUAAAUUAUUACUUUUGACCAAAAUAAAUUUAAUUGUAUGUUACUCUACUACUUCACAAUACUUUCAACCCAUUACCUAGUUUAAAUCGCCUAAGGGCAUAUGAACUUUCGUCAAUGGUUUGCAGGUUAGGGAAAUGUUUUGUUAAGCGGAAGGAAUUCAGGUAGUAAGGGUAAGCGGAGAACGAUCUGAUGACGUGAAAUGGACGUCAGAAGGGGACCGGAUAACUUGAUUUGAUUAGACUACCCUAUAAAAUCUCGGCGAAGAGACGUGCACAAGACGCGUUGAAAAUAUUCGGUCGAUUUGGCGAAUUUUAGGGGGUCAAGUGAGUGGGGAGAGUGAUAAAGAAGUUUAAUAUUGGGAAAAUAAGUGGAGGAAUUGGGGAUACCUUUUAUUUGACUUACUGCUUAUUCAAUACAGCGACCGUUAUCAAUUGUUUUACCCAUUUUUUAAAGAAAUUUUUACCUUAUACUACCUUUCCGGAAAAAGCUCGAAGUUUCGUCAUCAGAUUUCUUCCAAAUUUUGCUUACAUUUUCAAUCUAGGCCAUCUAUUAAUUCUCAAAAUUUAGCUUAUGAUUUGGAGCGAGAAAUUCUACGAAAUUUUUUUUAGGAGACUGAGAAUUGAAGAGAGGAGGUCAGAGAAUUUUUUUAGUAUGUUUCUUACGCAUUUUGUGCGGAAAAUUAAGUCUUCUUUAUUGUUAGGAAUGCUGUUGUCGCCCGGCAAAUCUAAUUUUUGGGCUAGAAAAUAACAAAAAAUGAUGACAAAAGUUCAGGAUUUUUGGACCAAAAAACCUCUGCUGUUUCUUCAAAGCGCGUGUUCCAAAUCAGGCAAAUGUUUUCCAAGGCUGCAUCCACCAUUUCUGCGACUCUUUCUUAAUCUCGAACUAUCCGUACCACUCAUAUUCUCGCUUAAUCUUAGACUAUCCGCAACAAUUAUAAGUCCAAAACAAUUAUUCCCAACAAUUCCACACUCCUCUAAAACGAUCUAUCUCCCCAAUUUAGACCUCAAUAGCCAUUUAUAAUUACUAAUUUUGGGCUGUCAUUUGCAUGGAAACGGCCAAAAAAAGAUUAAAAAAAUGCGGAGAGAAUGGGUGGUUUGAAAAAAAUAUUUUGCUUAUUUGGCCCUGUUUUUCGCUAAUUUUGGCCGACUUUUCCCCCGACCCAUUAAGGGUCUGUUAAGUUGGCCCAAUAAAGAAGAGGAAAGGCCUCGAGGGCAUCAAGUUAAACACCGGAUUUCACGAAAAACUCGUGAUUCUGGGGGUUUUCUUCACAUUACUUGUUUUAGGCGGGAUAUUUAGAUGUACAAAAAUAAUAAGAAUAGAUUUUUGAGCAAAACUAGGGUUUCCUCCAUUGUUUACCCAGAUUUACGAUGAAAAGUCGGAUCAGAAUUCGGGGUGAUAUUUAUGACGGUGAUUAAAAUUUGUCCGAAACAGAUGUUCCCAUUGUCCGGAGGGUGUGGAACGACAACACACAGCAUUAGUUCGGGGUUCAAACCGUCCUUUGGCCAAGUGUUACAUGCACUUGCUGAUUUUUUUGACUUCAAGUCCAAUCCUCAUGUGUAAUAUCGCGGUUUGUAGGGAAACGAAGCGUCCUUGCCUCUGGAGAUGUGCUCCAACUUUGAUGCCUAUGAACUUCGACGUCUGGCUCGCCGUUUCAAGAAAUUGGAUCUGGAUGGAAGCGGCUCCCUGUCCGUGGAAGAGUUCAUGAGUCUCCCCGAACUGCAGCAGAACCCUCUCGUUCAACGGGUAAUCGACAUCUUCGACGAAGAUGGGAAUGGAGAAGUCGACUUUAAAGGUGCGUUCUCUUCGAUGGUUACUGUAAUUUGCAAAAGUUUAGAAUUUAUCCAAGGAAUCUCACAAUUCUCGGUCAAAGGGGACAAGAACACAAAAUUAAAUUGUAAGUGGUCCGAAAAGUAGUUUAUUUUUAUAAAAAAUAGUCACUUUUCAUCGUUUUACAAAUAUUUUUUGUUAAAUUUUUUCUUAGAAUUCGAAUUAGUCAUCCUAAUUUGGCCUUAUUUUAGUUGCCUUCAAGAUCUACGACAUGGAUCGAGAUGGUUUCAUUUCGAAUGGCGAGUUGUUCCAGGUGUUGAAGAUGAUGGUUGGGUCCAAUCUGAAGGACACUCAGCUGCAGCAGAUCGUCGACAAGACCAUCUUGUUCCAUGAUAAAGACGGCGAUGGGAAGAUCUCAUUUAAAGAAUUCUGUGAUGUAAGUCCCUGUGAAUGGAUAGUUACCGCUUCUUAACAGUAAUUGCACUGCAAGAUCUGACCGUUAAUUUUCUGUUUUUACUAACCUUUGGCUUAAAUCUUCUCGGGCUUUUGUUUCUGGAAAUCUUUACUUUCCUUUGGGAUCUGAGCACUGUAUAAAACCCGGAGAAAUGCUCAAUGUCGAGUAAUUGGAUUUUCCUCAUAUUCGGCGCAAAUGCCCAGCAAUAGCUGCAUUUCGAUUACUGCAAAUUUUAGCUCUUGCUUUUCAAGGAAAACCGAGAUAUUGAACGGUCUUUUCUGGCAACAGAGUAGACAAAAUGAGGAGAGUUCGUCAUCAAAAAAAAAACUUUUUCUGAUUCUAUGCUAACAUUGCGCGGAAAACAAUAUAUUUUUUUGAAUUUUACUCUUCAUUUAGAAUAAAAUACCAAAAUUUUCAAACUGAAAAUCAAAUUUUUUGGCCAAAAAAUCUCGAUUUCUUGUGCAUCUUGCUGAAAAUGUGACAAAUUUAUAGUUCAACUCUAAUCUAAGUUUAUGCCAAAUAACAUUGAAAUAUGACCAUCGCAUUUUGAGCAUUUAUAAUUGAAAUGAAAUCAAAUAUUAUAGUUAAAUCUCCGAUCUUUGAUUAACUUUUCCGCUAGUAACCACUUAAUUUUUUCUUUUCCAUUCUGCCGGCGCUUUGUUGGUACACCGUCGGCUCCGUUUUAAUCCCGUAUUUUAGAUCGUUGAACAUACCGAAGUGCACAAAAAGAUGGUCUUGGAGAAUAUCUGAGAUGUCUACUGUAAUAUCCCUUUGUUCUGGUGUAAUUCCUCUUCCUUUUCUUCUCGGUUUCACGCUUAACAUUUCUGUUUUCGAACUCUUUUCGAUUACUGUAACAUGAAUUGAAAUGGAUUUUUGAAUUUAUGUUACAGUAAUCCGAUCUUUUGUUUAUUUUUUUAAAUCAUUCCCAAAAAAGUUUUAAUUUUGAUUUUUAAUAACAAUAAAUGUACAAAGAUUACUGUAACAGAUUGAUUUAUUUGGCUCAGGUGAGAUUUGGCUACAAUUUUGUUUGGAAAUACGGUAGGAGAUUACUGUAACAUCACAAUAAUCGCGAAUUAACGGCAAUUUAGCAGUUUACUAACCACAAAUUGCUGUAAAAUUGAUUUCGAGUACCCUGUCUAACAUGAUUAAUAUGCUUUAUACUGUAAUUGUAAAUCUUUUUAACCACCUCAACGUAAUAUUUCUCGCCGCUAAAACUCCCUUCGCAUUUUAGGUUGUGGGAAAUCUGGAUGUGCAUGAGAAAAUGGUAGUGAAACCAUAA